AUGGCAAAAAAUUCCAUAAAAAUAUUUACAGGUAAUUCACAUAUCGAACUUGCACAACUUGUAGCGCGUCGAGUAGGUUUGGAUCUUUCAAAAGUAAUAGUGAUAAAAUAUGCUAAUCAAGAAACCUCAGUUGCCAUUGGUGAAUCAGUUCGCGAUGAAGAUGUUUUCAUUAUUCAAUCUGGGUGUGGAGAAGUCAACGAUAAUUUAAUGGAACUAUUGAUUAUGAUCAAUGCAUGUAAGACGGCAUCUGCAAGAAGAAUAACGGCAGUGAUUCCUUGUUUUCCUUAUGCUAGACAAGACAGAAAAGAAAAAUCAAGAGCACCUAUUUCUGCAAAAUUAGUUGCUAAUAUGAUAACCGUUGCUGGUGCUAAUCAUGUAAUCACAAUGGAUUUACAUGCAAGUCAGAUCCAGGGUUUCUUCAAUAUUCCUGUAGAUAAUCUACCUUCUGAACCUUCCAUGCUUAAAUACAUCUGUACUAAUAUUCCUGAUUAUAAAAAUGCUAUUAUUGUUUCACCUGACGCCGGUGGUGCAAAAAGAGCAGCUUCAAUUGCAGAUUGUUUAAAUUUAGAUUUUGCUUUAAUUCAUAAAGAAAGAAAAAAAGCCAACGAAGUUUCAAGAAUGAUUUUAGUUGGUGAUGUCGAAGGUAAAAUAGCAAUAUUAGUUGAUGAUAUGGCUGAUACUUGUGGUACUUUAGCCUUAGCUUCUAAAACUUUAAGUGAGAGUGGUGCAUUAAAAGUCUAUGCAAUGACUGCACAUGGUAUUUUGUCUGGUAAAGCAAUUGAUACUAUCAAUGAAAGUUGCUUAGAAAGAUUAGUUGUAACGAAUACCAUACCUCAUCAUGAAAAGAAAACUGAUUGUUCAAAACUUGACACAAUCGACAUUUCUCCUACCUUAUCUGAAGGUGAUUUCUUUGAUAGAGUUAAUUUGAUUCAUAGUUUAAUUGCUGAUUUAUUUUACCUAUUUGAAUUGGGAAAAAAACGUACAAAUAUGGGAACUCGAGGUUUAUAUUGCUUCUUGUAUAAAGGAGUAUAUUAUAUAAUCUAUAAUCAUUGGGAUUCAUAUCCUGAAGGGUUAGGGGAAGCUCUUCUUAGACAACUUCAAGGAUUUAGUUUGGAAGAAUUACGUGAAAGAUUGGUAAAUAGUAUUAUUGUGUGCGAUGAAAUAUAUCCAGAACUUACACCAGAAUUCGUAGAUAAUUUUCGAACAUUCAUCACACAAGACGAGCCUUAUUUUGAAUCUUGGUUACGUCGUUCUUCCAUGUAUAUAAAAGAUAAUGAGACAGGAAACCUUGAAGCCAUUAUUAGGCGUAGCUCGGGAGCAUUUUACACCUGGAUGUGUAAGACAUACGACUCUUCAGAAGAAAAAUGGUCCUUCUUACUAAGAAGACUUUUUUCUGUAGAUGGACUUCGUUUAAAAAAGGCUUUAUCUUUAGGUUAUUUGCUCCUUGAAGAAUCUCCAACUAAUAAAGCUCCAGGGAUUGAUUGUAGUAGUAGUAUUGAAUGGAUAUAUACUAUAGAUUUAGAUCGUGAAAAAUUCUUGGUGAAAAAUAAACGAGAUGUUGAAUGGGAAUGGGAAUUCAAACUUCAAGAAUUAUUGACAGAUAUUGGUGAUCCAGAGAAGUCAUUGGCGAAUAAGUUGAUUUAA